AUUUCAUAUGCAGUGCAUAAUGCACUGUGCAUUGUCUUUGUUUAGUUGUCUCCUUCCUCAAAUUGUUGCAUAACGCAUGGUGGUGGUGGUCUGCUAAAAUUUGACUACGAAAAAUUGAAUGAUGCACAAAUUAACACUAGCACGUGUGUUGCAUGUUACGGUACUACAUGUUCUCCAAACGUCAAAUGUGGUUCUUACUAAAUAAUUAGUUCAUAGUUAAAGUCUGUGAAAGCAGCGUGUAAAGAUUAAAGACAUUCAAGGGAAAUGAUCAGCAUUACGAUUUCCAAUGGAGUUCCAUACGUUUGGGAUGCUCAGGACUGGUUGCUGUUACGGAAAGAACAUCGGAUUACGGGCGUGCUAGACGGUCCGGUGGGGACUGGACUGAGUGGGCGGCUUCGCUGGAACCUCCCCAUGCGCCUCAGCCAAGUUGAGGUCCAGUACCUGGUCUCCCGUGGGAUCGUCCAAACCGUCCAUGCCCCCAACCUCGCCCACGACAACCCUCCCAUCAACGCCCCCAUCUUUAACCAAGUCAUUCAACAACGGAAAGACGAACAGCUGGAACAGUUUAAAAGGAAAAGAAGGGAAGAAAUCGUCGCCUAUCUCGAUAAAAUGCUCGAAGGGAAAAGGAGAAAAGGAAAAAUUGGGGAAAUUACAGACAAGGAAGCUUUUAUUCAGGGCGAGUUGGACAAAAUUACUAAAAUGCCAUAUGAAAUGUAUCAACUUGAUCUCAAGGAUCCAUGGAAGGAGGAGUAUCUGCCUUACAACUUCCCAAUUCCGACCACGUACCAAGAGAAGCUAAAAUUUCGUGUUUUUGAAGACUUUCAUCUUCACAAGAAAUAUUGGCUUUCUUCAGGAGCUAAAUUUGGAGGAGAUUUUCUUGCAUACCCUGGAGACCCACGGCAUUUCCAUGCAGAAUUCAUUAUUAUGUGUCUUGAACAAAAAAUAAAGUUAAAUGACUGUAUGGUAUCUCAAUCCCGAUUAGCCAUGACUGUUAAAAAAACGUUACUAAUUGCAACCAUAGAUGAACACACUGAUAACUUAAUGUACUAUGUUCCGAAAGGAUUCAAGUCUUGACAAGAAAAAAUAUAUAAUUUUGUAACCCAUUUUUCAGUAUUAUUAUCUAAGAAGUGAUACAUGAAUACAAAUAGAAAAUCCAUUCUUAAAAAAAUGUGGUAUAACGACCAAGUA